AUGGAAGAGGUGAAUGUUGCACCGAUUCUCAGCCCGGACGACAAGGAGUGUGAAGCUAUUUAUGCUGGCACUACCACUCGCGAGGACGACGGUCGUUAUACCGUCGCGCUUCCCUUCAAGGGUAAUGCACAUUCUCUUGGCGACUCGCGUCGAUUAGCCGAGAAAUGUUUCUUUUGUCUCGAACGCAAAAUGCAGGCUUCGCCUGAACUCAAGCAAGCCUAUGAUGACGUCAUUACGGAGUAUUUAGAUAAGAGUUAUAUUUCACCCGCACCCGUUAAUGAUGAUAGUAAUGCUCCUUCGUAUAUAAUACCGCACCAUGGAGUUAUUCGAAAAGAUAAACUCACGUCUAAAUUGCGCGUCGUACUCAAUGCUAGCGCUAAAACUAGCACGUCCGUAUCUCUCAACGAUCUUCUUUAUAAUGGACAGAAUUUACAACGCAAUUUAUUUGAUAUUAUAGUUAACUUCAGAUUAUUUUCAGUAGCUCUCUCUGCCGAUAUUAGGCAAAUGUUUCUUUGCAUUCGUAUUCGAGAGAGUGACCGCAGAUUUCAACGCAUAUUGUAUAGAUUUUCGCCUGACGAACCUCUCCAGGUUUAUCAGUUUAAUCGCGUUUGUUUUGGACUCAAAUCGAGUCCGUUUCUUGCACUGCGUACUAUUAAGCAGUUAGCCACCGACGAAGGCGAAUCGUUCCCAAAACCGAAGGAAGCGGUUCACACCGGUCUGUACAUGGAUGAUUUAGUAUAUUGUCUAGAUAGUGAAGAUGAGGCUAUCGUCACAGCUGCUGAGAUCAUCUCACUCAUGAAGGCCGGACAAUUUGAUCUUGUCAAAUGGACGAGCAAUUCGCAAGUAGUUUUAAAUUCCAUUCCGUCAACACAUCGACUUUCGUCGGUCGUAGAAUUCGAUGUGUCUGAUACGCAUAAAAUUCUGGGUCUGUGCUGGUCUCCUAGCUCUGAUUUAUUUAGUUUAAAAAUUUGCACGCCCGCUGAAAAGUGUACAAAACGCACCAUUUUAUCUUGUGUCGCAAGAUUGUGGGAUGUAAUGGGUUUCGUAGCACCCGUUAUAUUAUUUGCCAAACUUCUUGUCAAAGAGUUAUGGUUAUGCAACUGCGAUUGGGACGACGCCCCCCCUGAAGUUAUCGUCAGACAAUGA